AUGUCUUCUAUUCAUUCUAGCGUGGCACGCGCCAACUCUUCCAUUCCCUCCGCAUUCGCAGUAUACAACUCCAGCUUCUUAGAUAUCCUCGGCCACGCCCCAAAGCUGGACCUCCUAGUCGAGAACAAUGACUACCCAUUCGCCCACGAAGCAAGCGUCUACAUCCCGACCUCGGAUGAGCUCUUCAUGUCAAGCAAUAUGUUCACCGAUCCCACGACUAACAAGACCACCAUCAAAGUCUCCAAGGUCAGCCUGAGCAAGCACCCGCUCACAGCGGAGAUCGUCAACACGACCAUCCCCAUGCCGAACGGCGGCAUCAACCACGACAAUGGAAUUGUCUGGACUGCGCAAGGCGAUAUGAACGAUAAAGGCGGUCUAUUCCAGAUGUCUGCCGCACCACCGUACAACUCAACCCUCCUACUGAGCACCUUCCACGGCCGCCAAUUCAACUCCCUGAACGAUGUGGCUGUCAGUGAUGACGGCUCGAUCUGGUUCACCGACCCAGAGUACGGAUGGCAUCAGGGUAUCCGCCCGAAGCCUAAGCUGCCCAACCAGGUCUACCGUUUUGAUCCUGCCACGAAGGAUGUGCGUGUGGUUGCUGAUGGAUUCGGACGUCCCAAUGGUAUUGCCUUCUCGCCUGACCAGAAGGUGGUCUAUAUCACCGACACGGCAGAGACAGUGGGUGAUGGUACCAAGGACAACUCCUUGCCAGCUGCUAUUUAUGCCUUUGAUGUGACCAUUGCGCAUGGCCAGCCAUUCUUGACUAACCGCCGCUUCUUCGCUAUGCCUGGUGAGGGCAUCCCUGAUGGAAUCAAGGUUGAUACCGAUGGCAAUGUGUAUGCUGGCUGUGGUGAUGGUGUGAAUGUCUGGUCGCCUGGCGGUGUUCUCCUUGGAAAGGUUCUUGUUAAGGAUGGGGCUUCUAACUUCUCGUUUGGUCUUGAUGGCCGGAUGUUCAUUCUCAACGAGAAUAAGCUCUACGCGGCCCAGCUGAACCGUCGGGUUCAGGGUACCCUGGUGAAGUCCCGAAAGUAG